UACAGCCGACUCAAUCGCAUUAGGCUGCCUGCACUAUGUCAACUACCAUCUGAGCCCUACGAGUCGGUCCAAUAUACGGCUGAUAAUAAUUGUACUUCAACAACUGUAGUAAUAAUAAUAGUAAUCCAAGUCUGUACGGGAUCCCACCAAAUCAAGUCAGCCUUGCUCGUACCCGGCCAACCUCGCACCAUGUCUCGAUUUUGGUCGCGCUCCAACUCUUCCCACCAACAGAUUCUCGAGCCAGAGACGAAACGCAUAUCUACACCAGCCGGCCAGCGUUUGUCUGUAAUUCUGGAAAAUGGAGCUCCAGAGACGAAGAAGAAAGGUCUCCGAGACUCGCAUCGGGCAUCAGUGAGGAAGAGCGGGUUGAGCGCGGCAUUGGCAGAUGCCCCGAGAGACAGCAUGGAGGAGAAGAGCGGGAAUUCGGGGUACACGUACAGUGUAUGGAGUGAAGGCGAGAAAAAAUUCAUUGCCCUGCGGAAUCACAAGCAAAUCACAAAAAGAGGAGGAUGGAGAAAGUUGGCGCUGGUACUGGCCGUCAUCCUGAUUCUCAUAGUGGCUCUGGCAGUCGGUCUGGCUCUUGGGCUCAAAAAGUCCAACAACAGCAAAUCCACUACCGCUGCUUCCAACGACAGUGGUGACUCCCAACAGCAACCCUCAAGCACAUCGCCCCAAUCAUCCUCUUCAUCUUCAUCAUCUUCUUCUUCUCUCCCUGCCGACUUCCCAUUAGGAUCAUACUCCCUCGUGACUUUCCUCGACACCGUGCAAACAAACUGUACCGCUGAAGAAGCAACAUGGUCCUGCUACCCCUAUACAACCUACUAUACCAACCCAGCCAAGUCUGCCGCCACUUUCAACUGGAUCAUCAGCGGAAAGCCCGGCGCAUAUAAAAUCUCCUCAACCACCAACCCCUUCAGCAUCUCGUUCAAAAACGCCGACCUCGCCCUCCUCGAUGAGGGCAAGGACACGGAGCGCUACCGCUUCCAGAUCACGCAGACAAAAUCAGUAGCCCCGCGCUCCAACAUCACAGAAGACAAUGCUGCCGUGGAAUGCGAUUUCAACAACUCGAAUCUGCAAGCGUACUUGUAUACGAAGAUGGAGAAAAGCUGGCCCGAUGUGGACAAAGGCGAGCCGAGUGGCGAGCCCUCUUUCUCGACUUGGCCUUUUGCUGUGCGUGUCGAACAAGCUGUCGGCGGCGGAGAAAGUGUGCCGAGCUGCUACAAGCAAAAAGACGGACAGCAGCAGGGCGAGCAGAUUCCGUUGCAGGCCCAAGACGCCGGCGCGCUAUGCUCGUGUUUGUAUAAGAACUGGCAUACGCCUGGCCGAUGA